CAUUUAAAUAGUAAAUAUACCGUGUUGACGUGCUAAAUGUGUGUGGGAGACCGUCAGCCUGUCAACAACCACUUAAGUUAAUGUGAAAAAAAUAUAAUAUAUCGCCAUUAUCACGGAGAGAAGCCCCUCCCCUUUUCCGAGGCGAUCUAACGUGUGUGUGCGGCAUCGAGAAAACAUUUCAGUCGUUUCGGCAAGGACGGCUUCUCAUUGGCGGAUGAAACGUGAUUCCUUGGGUCGCAAAAAUGUGCGCUCAUUGGCCAAUGACAUCGUUUUAUUAUUUCACGUGACUGGACUAUUCGGCAGAUCAGAGACGUAUCGUUCCCUCAGCCAGAGAGCUCCACGGAGCUACGGGAGCAGGCUGCUAGCGGAGCUGUUAGCUGGAGGCUCAAGAUGAAGAGCGGCGCCAUGCUGCCGUACGUCCUGCUCCUCUUCCUCUCUCCUGGCCCGGCGGCGUCCUCUGACUGCCCGGCCGACUGUUCCUGCCUGAGCCAGGACUCCAUAUUCUGCAUCCAGCGACGCUCCGGCCUGGUGCCCCGUGUGCCCGCCGCCACCCGACAGCUCUACAUCUUCCAGAACGGCAUCGACACGUUGACCCGAGAGGACUUCCAGGGCCUCGGGGACCUGGAGCUGUUGGAUCUGAGCCAGAACGAGCUGGCCCAGAUUCCAGGCGGAGCGUUUGAGAUGCUGUCCAAGCUGAAGAACUUGGACCUGUCCUCCAACCACAUGGCCCACAUCUCCAAAGACAGUUUUUCUGGGUUGGUCCAGCUGGAGAGGCUCUAUCUCCACGGCAACCGCAUUCAGAAAAUCGAUCCGGAAGCUUUUGACGGUUUAGAGAUGCUCCUGGAACUGAAGCUCCAAGGAAACCAGCUCAGCGCUCUGCCGUCCCUUCGUUUCCAGAGACUUCUGCUUCUAGACCUCAGCCACAACCACAUCCCAACACUGGGACCCUCAGACCUUCAGACCCCCCAUCUGGAGGCCCUUAAGGUGGCCUCACUGGGGCUUACCGCUUUAGAUGAGGGCCUGAUCGCUUCUCUGGGGAACCUCCAUGAGCUGGACAUCUCCACCAACCAGUUCACGGAGGUGCCCCCGGCCCUGAAGCAGGACUCUCUCAAGGGGCUAAUCAAGCUCAGCCUGGCUGCCAACCCAUUGGGCGAGCUCAGGGUGGAGGACCUCCAGAAACUGAGUGGGCUUCAAGAACUGGAUCUCAGUGGACUUAAUCUCCAAGGAUUUUCCCAGAGUUUCUUACAGACCUUCCCAAGGUUGAUGCACCUGACUGCAGCGGAGAACCCUUUCAACUGCCUGUGCCCGUUGGCCUGGUUCCCUGCUUGGCUGACGGAGAAGGAAGUGGCUCUCGGGAGGCCCGAGGAAACCAGAUGUCACUUCCCGUUAGUGAAUGCUGGGAAGAUGCUGUCAGCGCUGGAGCACAAGGACUUUGGGUGUCCGCCGACCACCACCGCGAUGAUGGGCUCCCCCAUUGGAAGUACUCCGGUUCCCCAGGUGCCCACCACAUCUCCAGAUACCAUCCAGACCGACGCCAUUCCUCCUCCUCCUCCAGCCAGUGAGGCAACCGCCUCCUCAAAGACAGACGGCGCUCCUUCACCAGAACCUCCCGUCUCCCCCAGCGCCGCCAGCGGGGAGCUGGGGGAGACGGGGGGGCACACCUGCCUACCGAACAUCUGCCUCAAUGGGGGCGCCUGCCACGUGGAUCCACUGGGUCCGCUCGGCUGUCUGUGUGCGUUGGGAACUUCCGGUCUAUACUGUGAAAACGUGGACGAGGUUCCCGAGACGCCGAAACCGUCAGCGACGGCGGUUUCGCUCGCUGCCCCCGUGAUGCCGGCGGAGCUGGAGACGCUCAGCGCCCGGCAGGUGACCUCCACGUCCAUCCUGCUGGACCUUCACCGCUUCAUCGAGACGCGGCCACACAUCCGCGGCAUCAGGUUGACCUACCGUAACCUCUCGGGGCCGGACCGCCGGCCCAUUAUCCUGAGUGUCCCGGCGACCUACCCCGAGUACACCCUGCGGGGGCUGAGACCCAACUGCACCUACUCGGUGUGCGCCAGUCCCCUGGGGGAGCGAGCAGGCUCCAGGACCAACGGCUCCGUGGAGACCGGGUCGUGUGCCGAGGCUCGCACCGAGGGGCUGCCGCUGGCGUCCUCGGAGUCCCGGGUGGAGGCGCAGAGCCCGCUGACCUACACGCUCAUCCCCACCGUGGCGGCGCUGGCCCUGGUGAUGGGGUUGGCCGCGGUGGCCGGGGCGAUCGUCUGUGUCCGAAAGAGGAAGCGGUCCAAGGCGGGGCUGCAGCCGGGCCCGGUGGACCCGGUGGAGCUGGAGGGGAUGAAGGCCUGCCUGGAGAACGGGGGAAACGGAACACUACUCCAGAAACCGCCUGAGGUCGACCGCUGCCGCGCGCCGCCGUCGGUGCAGCACAGCGGGGGCUCGGGCCGCGAGUCAGCCGCGAUGCCGGGACCGCCCGACAGCAACGGAGCGCCCGCCAAGCCUUCGUAUUUCUAAGAUGAGCUGAGUCAGAACCCUCCUCUUCACCACAACACCAGAGACAGCAGACGGGUCUGAGACGCUGGAGGGUGAACACCAGGAUGGGUUCUGCCAUCGGAGUCGAGGGGGAACCAAGUGGACUAGAGGGGUGUUCCUACAUCUGGAACUCUUUAUCUGUUUCUAUAAAUAAAUGAAAAGGUGAAUGAUUGUGAUCCUGUCUGGAGGGAAGUGGUUCACUGGAACCAGCACAUGUAUUCAACGUAUCUGGACCGCCCCCCCCCCCCCCCCCACCGGGGGGAUGAGGACUUGCACUGAAAAUAAAAAGUUGUUUUUCAGACGCACGAAGAAGUGAAACAACUAGAAGAGUCUGACUUUAUUCUAAGGAACAGUUUCCUUACCGCGGGAGUCUUCAUGUCAACAGAUCCCCCACAAUGCCCCACGCCCUGUGUGUGUGUGUGUGUGUAGACUGUUCUGCCUGUUUACAGCCAACCAGACUGUGACAUGCAGUUAUUUGUUCUCUGGUCUGGGAAUGAUCCCCAGCUGGAGCUGAGCCUCGCGGACCGCACCACGAACACAGCCUCAGGUAGUCCUGGUUCAGGUAGUCCUGGUUCAGGUCUGCUGGUCCACCCUGUCAGUAUCACUCCUCCGGAAGAGGGGCAGCGUGUGAGGACCUGAUGGUCGGGAGCCUCUGGGGUUCCUGUUGUUGUUUUGUGUUUAUUUGUUUAUUUGCGUCAGUUUUACAUUUUGUGUCUUUGCCAGAAAAAGCUGAGAAAGUAUUAAAAUCCUGAAAUCUG